GACAAGAAACUUGCUCAGUUGACUGCCUAAGUUGCUGCCAAGGAGUAGUGUUCUGUGUCACGAGGAAUUAAGUGAUCCGAGGGGCUACCAAGGAUGGGUUACCAAUUUUGGAUACUUUCUGGAGCGUUAGUCGUGUUUGGCUUCCUAGGCGGGGCAAGUGCGCUAACCAGCUGUGUCAUGUGCCACUCCACGUGGAGUUUGUGUGUGUCCACAAACUUACCACAACCAUCGGAAUGCGACCCAGCGGCUAAUCAAUGCUACACUAUGCUAACCAGUGACAACGCCGUCGUACGAGGCUGCCUGGUGGAUCCGAUCGCUAGUGCUUGUACCAAUAGCACUGAUUCAAGCUGCGUAACCUGUACCGGGGCCGGAUGUAACAACGCACCCUGGUUGAAGUGUCAUAACUGCGAUUCGACCAACACUGCAAACUGUACCACCGAGCAACCGGAAAGGGGAGGCAAGUUUUGUUCGAUUUUCAGCAGCGAUGAUCGAUGUUACACUAAAAUAGAAGGCGAUAAUGUUACCAGAGGCUGUUUGUCGGAUUUCGCCGAUCCGCAAACCGCGUGUGACAAUGAUGUGUGUACGAUUUGCUCGGGUGAAUUGUGCAACAAACUGUCCGUAACCGAGAUGAAGAACUCUUCCCGGUGUCUGCAGUGUAAUUCAAUCGACGCUACCUGUGUGGAUGGGACAGCCGCACCGAAGAAAUGUAUCACACAGCAGGACAACUGCUAUACACGAGUUACAGGAGGCCUUCUUGAGCGCGGUUGCUUGUCAACACUUCCGGCUGUAGAGCAAACACUUUGCAAUCGAACCGAGGACGCAACUUGUACUGUCUGUGACUCUGCUGGCUGUAAUACCGACCAUUGGUUACAGUGUUACAAGUGCAACCAGGCUUCCGAUGCCACGUGUGCUGAGCAGCAAACCAACGCCACCGGUUACUGUCAGUAUUGGAAGAGUAACAACCGAUGCUACGAACGGAUGGAGGGUGCAAAUCUCACUAGAGGGUGUGAGAAUGAUCUUGGUUUGAAUGUGGAUGCUUGUCUGGAUAGUAGGGAAUGCAGAACGUGCUCUACUGACGGUUGCAAUCGAGAGGCUCCUGCUGUCCGGCAAUGUUUGCAAUGUAAUUCGGAAGUUGACGACGAUGAUGACGAAAAGUGUCUUCUGGGCACAACCAGCAGUGGACCGUGCGCUAAAGCGUUGGCAGGGAAAUGUUACUCGAAAGUAGUUGAUGAUGGCCAUGUCAUUCGAGGCUGUGAAGGAAAUCUAACGCUGAACGAGACGCAAGCCUGUACAGGUAAAACCUGCAGCGUUUGUGGAACAGACAACUGCAAUAGGGAUGUCUUCCCCAUGGAUCGUCUCCGGUGUUACCAAUGUGAAACUAAUGAUACGAACAGAAGUUGCGCCGAAGAGUUGAGCGGUGAACUGCAGACUGUUUACUGCCAAAAAUAUAAAGAAGAUGACGAAUGCUUUACUAGAAUUGUGAACGGAACAUUGGAACGAGGAUGUCAGUCCAGUUUAGCAGAGUCGGCUUGUGAAGAUUUAACCGACAAUGAAUGUAAAACGUGCACAACAAACAACUGCAAUGGACUCUCGGAACAACAACUUAGAGGAUCGGCCGAAAUCAGUACAAUCAGCGCACUACUAGUGACACUAUCAGUAAUCGUUGUAGCUCUAGCCUCGUGAGGUGUAAAUUGUGUAAUACUUACCUUAGUUUGAUUAUUUCUAAUUAAUGAU